UAUAAGAUGUUGGUGAGAUCUACAAUGCUUUAUGACAUAGAAUGUUGACCAUUAAAAGAGAAGUAUAAAAUUAAGUUAAAUGUUGCGGUGAUGAGGAUGCUUAGGUGGAUGAGUAGCCUCUUAGUGACAAAAUGUGAAAGGUGUAAUACGUGAAAAGGUUGGAGUAGAUCCAAUGGUUGAUAAGAUUAGAGAGAGUCGCCUUAAAUGGUUUCGACAGAAAAUGUCAGUCUUCCAAUGAACCGGUUAGGUGAGUAGAUGUAUUGGAUUUGGCUUAUAUUAAGAAAGGUAGAGGUAGACCUAAAAAGAGUUCGCUAAAAAAUAUUAGAAAUGACAUUUUUUGUUAAAUUUAAAUGAGAAUUUGAUUUUUAAUAGAAUACAAUAGAGAAAAAAAGAUUCAUUCAGCUGGCCUGACGUAGUGGGAUAAAGGCUUGAUGUUUUUGUUCUUGUUGUGAUGUUGUCUUGGCUAGCUCCUAUCAUUGUUGAGUAGGGCUCAAGUGCACAUGACUCCCAUUAUGUUUCAAUGUAGUUGUAGGAGCUUUAUAUGAUGCUUUUUGAUAUUGAAAGCUUCUAUUUUAUAGGGAGGGAUGGUUGAAGUGUAAAGUUUUCAUAGGAGGGAACUUUUAUUAAGGCACAUGAGGGUAUGGGUUUAGUCCUAUGUAAAUUUGUUGAAAAAUAUGCUGGUAUAUAUAUAUUAAAUGGUUGGGCCUCAACAAUAAAUUUGAGCUUUGUCUCAAAAUAAAUUUUGCCAUUGGACAUCCAUAGUCAUUAAGGAUUGGUGAAUUCAUGAGAACACAAAAAAUAUACUUUAUAUUUUAGCUACGACUCCUUUUAUUGUGGAUCACAUUUUAUUUAUCUAUUAAAAAAUUGGUGCAGAGAAUUUCUAUGUAGAGAAAAAGAUAAAAUUUGAUUAACCCAUUUAAAUUGAAAUUUAGCAUUUGCUUAAAAGCCUUUCUAUCACAGCUAUAUCCAAUGGAUUUGGAUAUUGAAUUAUAUAUUGUGUGAUCCUCCCCAUGUUAGCGAUUGCUGCCUGACUAAAAUUUAUCUUCCUUCUCAUCAUUGUAAGCCUUAUACUAUUGAGGGUAAUAAAUAGAAGAUGGUAUCAGUUAAACCACUAAAAGGUAAAUAGUACAUGCUGGAAGUUUUAAAAGUUAUUUUCGAGUAUAUAUAAUUAUAUAUUACAUCCUUUUGAAACAGCUUAAAGGCUAAUGCUUUAAAAUUUCAUUACUAGGCUAACACAUAAGCAAUAGGAAAAUCUACAAUCAUAGUGCAUUAGGAUGCGUCCAUUUUUUAUUUUUUAUGUCAAAUUUGUUGACCUGUUUUUUAAAAUUUGGCUGGAUUAGGCAUUACAGUACACCUCUGUUUGUCAUAGCUUAAAUCUUUUAACUUUUUAAUGCACUUACAACGGGAUGGAACUAGCAUGCCCCUUUUCUAUCUGUUUGACGACUUAUUUUAUUGAUACUAGAAAAUCCUUGCAGUAAGCUCAUUUUAGGUUAUAAACUGCAUUAUUCAGUAGGUUGGAGAGCUUAUUAUAUUACUUUAUAUUGUGUCUAAGGGAUUAACAUAUAUGCCAUGAAAUCAGUUCUAAUAAAUGGCUCAAAGUCUUCUGAUCAAUGGCGUAAUUAUGAACUUUUUACUGGAUAAUGAGAGCAAGAACUACCCAAUUUUUAUGAUGAUUUAUGAGUUUAAAAUGUUGCUGAUAUUGAUAUGCAAUGAUCAUUUACAAGUAAAAGGACAAUACUAGUAUCUGCAUGACAUGACUUGAUUAAAGUAAAGUUUUUCAUGAGUUGCCAUACUUCUCAGUUGAACUUCUCCAUUUCUCUCCCCUCCUUCCUAUUCUUUCAUUUAGCCCAAAUACAUGCCCCCUACUAUUUUGCAUUGCCUAAAGAUGCAAAAUUCUAGCCAAUUUCUCCAACAAGAAGAUCCAAAUGCGACCAAGAAAUGGGCUAUGCAUCUCCUCAAGGAAUGUGCAAAGGCAAUCUUUGAGAAAGAUUCUGUCAAGAUUCAUCACAUCUUAUGGAUGCUUAAUGAGCUUGCAUCCCCAUAUGGAGAUUGUGAGCAAAAGUUAGCAUUUUACUUCUUGCAAGCAUUCUUUUACAAAUUGACUGAGUCUGGUGAAAGCUCCUAUAAAACUCUGGUUUCUGCUGCUGAGAAAAGUCAAUCUUUUGAUUCUGCAAGGAAGGUGAUCCUUAAAUUUCAGGAGGUAAGCCCUUGGACCACCUUUGGGCAUGUAGCAUCCAACAGUGCAAUCCUAGAAGCUUUUGAAGGAAAAUCCAAGCUCCACAUAAUUGAUAUUAGCAAUACUUAUUGCACCCAGUGGCCUACUUUACUUGAAUCCUUGGCAACUCGUAAUGAUGACACUCCACAUCUAAAACUUUCGGUAGUUGUAACUGAUGGGGCAAGGGGAUCUAUCAUGAAAGAGAUCGGUUAUAGAAUGCAGAAGUUUGCAAGGUUGAUGGGAGUUCCAUUUGAAUUCAAGGUGAUAAGUUUCUUUUCAAGAUUAUCUGACCUUGAUCGUGAUAAACUUGGAGUUAAAGAAGAUGAAGCUGUUGCAGUGAAUUGCAUAGGAGCCUUGCGAAAGUUGGGAGUUGAGGAGCGGUCAGAAUUUAUUCAAAUGGUCAGAUCACUGCAACCUAUAGUCGUUACUGUUGUUGAGGAGGAGGCAGAUUUCUCUAGCAAAGAAGAUGAGUUUUUCAAGUGCUUUGAGAAAUGCUUGAAGUUUUAUAGCAUGUUCUUUGAGAUGCUAGAAGAGAGUUUUGCACCCACAAGCAAUGAGAGGUUGGUGUUAGAAAGGGAAUGCUCGAGGAGCAUAAUCAAACUUUUAGCUUGUGGAAGAGAUGAUAGCGAGUCUGAGAGAAGAGAGAAAGGAAUUCAAUGGUGUAACAGGUUGUUAGAGGCCUUCUCACCGGCAUGCUUCAGCGAAGAUACCAUUGACGACGUGAAGGCACUCCUCAAGAGGUACCAGGCUGGAUGGUCACUUUUACCAGCCAGUGGUGAAGCAUCAGGGCUUUACAUGACAUGGAAACAGGAGCCUGUUGUGUGGGCUUCAGCUUGGAAACUCUAGUGUUCGCUUUGAGUUCAAGUUACUUUAGUAGAACUUGCGUUAAUACUCUCGCAAGCUGGCUAUUCACUGAAUUAUGAGUUUUAAUUCCCUCAUUGUGGUGUGAUUUUCUUGCUUUUUUAUUCUUCUCAAUUUGUAGUGGUCUGCUUUGCUUAUUUAUUGGCGAGACUAAAUUAUCCUAUUGAAUUUGAUAUAAUUAAUUAAGUAUGAAGUUAUUAAAUUUAUAUGAACUGCAAGUUCCUGUUGCUGGAAUGAGUGAAUACUGUUAAUGUUAAAUUUUUGUAUCACAAAGUGUGGUGAACUGGCUUUCCGAAUAUUUGAUCUCCUCUUUGCACAGAAAUCCAUGGAGUUUCAUAGCCUUAAGCAUAAUUGCUGGGUUAGGAUGCCAUUGGAGAAACUGAUUAUAUAAAAACGUCACACAAAUAGAAAGCAACACCUAAAAGCCUGUUUGACUAACAGUCCUAUGCAGCAUGAAUUGCUCUCAAAGCCUGUGAAACUUGUUUUGCAUGAAAUGACUGUGCUCAAAUCACUGUAGCUGAGCUCUCAAGCUUCUUCUGAAGAGAUGAAACAGGAACCAAAUAAAGAAGAAAAUAUUUUUCAGCUUAGAUUUGAUUCAAUUAUUGCUUUGCUUUUCCUUUUCCAUACUGAAGAUCAUUUUCUUUUGCAGGCCACUAGGGGAACUUUGAUAAGAAAAUCCGGGAAGGAAUGACCUAUAUUGGCCGCCUUGCUGGAAUAAGCAGAUCACUGUUGCUUUGUUUACUUGAUUUGAUUCUAAGUAUAGCAAAUUUUUGCAAAGCAACUUUAUUGUCUGGCCACUUUUCACAGCCUGCUUGAGUGGGAAAAGAUAGUGAAUUGCUAUAACAACUCAUUGCGCGCUUUAAGAUAUAUUAUGGUAUUCCUGCUAUCA